GAAGAAAGGGAAGAAGAAGAAGAAGAAGAAAGGAAAGCGGGUGAUUUAACUAAAUUCAUCGAUCAACAAAUAAAUGGGUGAAACAACGGUCGAAGAUGCGUCGGGGAAUCGUAAAUCCAAGCCGACGACGAUCCUGGUGCCGCCACGUGGCUCCAUGGAAUCCCUUUUCUCAAACGGGUCGAUUGGCGGGUUCGGGUUCAGCCCCGGCCCGAUGACUUUGGUCUCUAACUAUUUCGCGGAGCAGGGUCCGUUUUCUUUCUCUCAGCUCCUCGCCGGCGCCAUGUCUUCGCCGACUACGGGUUUGUUGAUGACUAAUUAUCCUCCGGCGGCGGCGGCGGAACAAGAAGAAGAGAAGGAGAAGGAAAAGGAGAGUAACUCAUCUGAUGAUGGGAAGAAUAGCGAGAGCGGCGGCGGCGGAGGUGGGUAUAAGCGGAAUAGGCCGAUGGAUUUGGUGGUGGCUCAGCCGCAGAUGCCGCCGGAGAGCCUCAGCCCGAUGUUCAUGGUUCCGCCGGGGCUGAGUCCUUCUGGGUUUCUCAACUCGCCCGGGUUCUUAUCCCCACUCAGUAGCCCGUUUGGAAUGUCGCACCGACAAGCGCUAGCGCACGUAACAGCACAAGCGGCAUUUUCCCAAACGUACAUGCAAAUGCAAUCGCAGCUUCAACGCUCUCCAUCUAUAGAAUCAUUAGCGCCACAUCAUCAGACGAGCAUCAUUCCCGUUUCAACCGUACCCGACGCUUCGAAGAUAGAUUCGUUCGAGGUUUCACAGUCGGACAACAAAUCUUCUAACAUAGUUGCGGACAAGCCAGCUAACGACGGUUAUAACUGGAGAAAAUACGGUCAGAAAAAUGUCAAGGCUAGUGAAUGCCCUAGAAGCUACUAUAAAUGUACGUAUAUUAAUUGUCCCGUGAAAAAAAAGGUCGAGAGAUCUUUCGACGGUCGUGUAUCGGAAAUUACGUAUAAAGGGCAUCAUAUUCACGAUCCGCCUCAGAGUAAUAAACGGGGGAAAGAUGGUUGUGCGUUGGAUAAGACCGUUAAAUCGCAGGCGAAGUCCGAUGUAAUGAAUAGGUUGAAUGAAGCUGCAUAUGUCAAAUGUGAGCCGGUGAAUUUUCAGGCGACGACACAACGGUUAUUUGAGCGGAAUCCUAUGAUUUGUUAUAACGGUGAAGUUGGAGAUUCGGUUGUCGUUGUAGAUGAUUGUGAAAAUAAUGAUGAUGAUAAUGAUUGUGAACCGGUUUCCAAAAGAAGGAGUGUGGAUAAUGGACAGUCGAUUGCAGCUUCAACGCAUGAAACUAUUACAGAAACGAAGAUUGUGGUGCAGACGAGAAGUGAAGUUGAUCUUCUGGAUGAUGGAUACAAAUGGAGAAAAUACGGACAAAAAGUUGUCAAGGGGAAUCCACAUCCGAGGAGUUACUACAGGUGUACAUAUGCCGGGUGCAAUGUACGUAAGCACGUCGAGAGGGCUUCGGCGGACCCAAAAGCUGUGAUUACAACAUACGAGGGUAAGCAUGAUCAUGAAUUACCUGUUGGAAGGUACAGUAGCCACGGUGCAGUAAACUGCAAUUCGAAUCAAUUUAAGACACAAAAGACGGCUAAUAAGAAACCUAUGCCGAGUAUAGAAAUGGAUUUCGGGAACAUGGAUAGUACACCGAUGACUCUACAGCUCAAAGAAGAAACAAUUGCCGCGUGAUUUUAUUAUUUGCCAAAAUUAUAUUAAACUCCAAAUCUGGAGCAAUGGUGUAAGAAUAUAUAUAUAUAUAUAUAUAUA